CACUCUUUAAAGCGGCAAAAGUCUUCUAACUUUCUACACUUUUUUUCCCCUGCUUCGAGGUCUGUGUUAAGCUGUCCGCGCAGUGCUUGCGCGUGUUUGUGCGCGCGUUGCGGCGCAUGUCGUGUGCGUGCGUGUCUACGGUGUCAGCGGCGGUGAGGGGGUGACGGCUCGUUCCUGGAAGAGCCUGGCCUGCCUGCAGAGUCACUCACAUUCCUGGCUGGGAUUCAAUGACUGAGCCAGACACACAAACACUGAGGGUGGAGGAAGAGCGGUGGAGGAAAGGGGAGGGAGAGGGCGCGUGAGAGAGAGCUAGACGGGGCGCGAGGCAGAGAGGCAGGGAGGGAGUGGGGGAGCGCGCGCGGACGGGCACGGCAGGCUGCUUCUCAGACUUCUCAUCUCCAUCCAGUCAGAGUGAACUGCGGGGGCAGACCGAGCGGUUCUCUGCAGUCCUCGACAGCGGAAAGAAGCCCAGAGUAAGAUUUUUUUUUUCCCUCGCCGAGCUUUUCCCCGCUUCGGUUGGUUUUCGCCUGCUCUGCUUUGGGAAUCGACCAACAGAACUUUUCGGCACUCUGGAGUUUCAGACAGUCUCGUUUUUUUAUUUUUUGAAAUGGACAGUCGGCGACCUGCUGCGGGGAGCGAUGUUCUCUGAGCUGGACUAAAACUGUAAGAACUGUCGCAGGGAUCUUUAAAAGCUCCGUUCACUGGAUGUUUGAUGAAGCUCUUCUCGGUUUUAGUCAGUUCUGGGACGCCGUGGAUUUACCAGGUCGGGGAACGGAUUGAUACUUGUGAUUCCCGUUCAGCGAGAAGGAUUAACGCUUCCAAAGUUGGAAGAAAAACAUGGAGACUGUAAGUCGGCAGAGCUUCCAGCCUCACCCGGGACUGCAACAAACUCUGAAGCAGUUUCACCUCAGCGCUAUAAACUCCCUGGGCGGACCGGCGGCUUUCUCGGCUCGGUGGCAGCAUGAGCUCCUCUUCAAGAAGGACGGGAAAGAGCCCGAGCCGGUCCUGCAGCAUCUGCCGCCGCCCGUGAUGCCGGGCCCGCUUUUCAUCCCGUCCGACCGCUCCACGGAGAGGUGCGAGACGGUGCUGGAGGGGGAGACCAUCUCGUGCUUCGUGGUCGGCGGGGAGAAACGCCUGUGCUUGCCGCAGAUCCUCAACACGGUGCUCCGGGACUUCUCCCUGCAGCAGAUCAACUCGGUGUGCGACGAGCUGCACAUCUACUGUUCCCGCUGCACGGCGGACCAGCUGGAGAUCCUCAAAGUCAUGGGCAUCCUGCCCUUCUCCGCGCCGUCCUGCGGCCUCAUCACCAAGACGGACGCCGAGCGGCUCUGCAACGCCCUGAUCUACGGAGGAGCAUAUCCGCCGCGAUGCAAGAAGGACCCGGGCUCCGGCUCUCUGGAGCUGCAGCUCACCGAUCGGAGCUUCAAGAUCUACCACGAGUGUUUCGGCAAGUGCAAGGGCUUGUUCGUACCGGAGCUGUACAGCAGCCCCAACGCAGCGUGCAUUCAGUGCAUGGACUGCAGACUCAUGUAUCCGACCCACAAGUUCGUGGUGCACAGCCACAAGGCGCAGGAGAACAGGACUUGCCACUGGGGCUUCGACUCGGCCAACUGGAGGGCGUACAUCCUCCUGGGUCAGGAUUACACGGGGAAAGAGGAGAAGGCGCGCCUGGAGCUGCUGCUGGACGAGAUCAAGGAGAAAUUUGACUUCGCCAACAAGUACAAGAGGAAAGCAUCAUCCAGGGUGAGUCAGUCUGGCUGCGUUCAAGCGCCACUGCUGCUGCUGACAACUUUGAGCUCUGCCAUGCUUUAUCCACUGAUUUCCCCCAUCCAAAGGAAGGAAUCCAUGUGUGGAUCACAGUUUUGCCCCAAAGUUUUUCCUAUCCCUAAAACGGAAUUCUCUCUGAUCCCUGUUUAG